AUGAGCUCACACGGAAACCAAAACCCUGGUAACUUUGCCAACCGUUCAAAGGAGGAAGUCAGAGAAAUCGCCAAGAAGGGAGGACAGUCUAGCCACACUGGAGGAUUCGCUUCCAUGGACCCAGAUAAGCAGCACGCUAUUGCAUCCAAGGGUGGUCAGGCUUCCAGUGGAAAAUUUGAAAAAGGUAGCGAGAGAACCAAGGAGGCCGCACGAAAGGGAGGCGCC